GCUGGCUAUCCAACGUUCGUCCCUCUCCUUCCACCAUCACCCCCACGAACGCGGCGGGCUCGACGACGACGACGGCGACGACCAACAACCACCACUCAGUCUUUCUUUUCGCUAGAAAAUCAACGUAAACGACCGCUUAGAACUGCUUGCGUCUUCAUCGCCGGCCGCAUUGUACCUCUCAUAGAUUUUUUUGGGUUGCCAGCCGUAACGCAUCUUUUUGUUACUUUUUUUCUCGUUUCAAGUUGUCAUGUCUCCCGUCGCUGUCAGUGCAUCAGAGACGACCAUGUUCUCUUCUAUCCUCGAGUCGCUCAGGACAGCUCCUACCGCCCCAGAUGCGAAGGCAGCCGCCGACAAACUUGCCCGUGAAGUUCAGAAACACGGAUUGCAAUCCAUAACCGAUGGCGAAGUCUUGACCACCCUCGACAAGUUCGCAUCCAACAAAAAAUCAGGCUUCGAGCGUGAAUCAGCUCCAUUGGGCUACCAAGCUCUUGCCACCACACUCGGUGCCCCCGCAGGUCCCAUUCUCCUCCCUUCCCUUCCCAUCCUCUUCGAACUUUACAUGGACAAGGGCGACGUCGUCCGCCAGGCUUCAAUCAAUGCCACCAAGGCAAUUUUGAAGUUGUUCCCGCCCGAGGCUACAAGAGUCGUCUUCAGGGUGCUUGAGGAUAUUUUGGAGAACGGAAAGUGGAGGACGAAGGUGGGGGCGCUGGAUGCGAUCAAGGGUUUCGUGGCGAGCGCUGGGGAGCAGGUAGCGAAUGAAUUGGGCGUAACUUUACCCAAGGUCGAGAAGGCUAUGCACGAUACCAAAAAUGAGGUUUCGUCGGCCGCGAUCAAAUGCGCUACCCUCCUUUGUACCACUCUCGCCAACGCCGAUCUCGCACCUCAUAUUCCUUCCCUCGUCAAGUGCAUGGCCGAACCCUCCUCCGUCCCGGCCUGUAUCAAGUCUCUCUCCAACACCACCUUCGUCGCUGAAGUGACGUCUCCCGCCCUCGCCGUCCUCGUCCCCCUCCUCAUGCGUGCCCUCAACGAUCGCAGCAUGGAGGUCCAACGCCGCACCGUCGUCGUCAUCGACAACCUCGUCAAACUUGUUCGAGACCCGAACAUCGCAGCUGUCUACCUCAGCCCCCUCGUCGAGGGUGUUUCAAAAAUCGCAAAAGGCGCCGCCUUCCCCGAAGUCCGCGCUUUCGGUGAAGGAGCAUUGCAGACACUCUCCAAGGCUGGCGCUUCCACUGAUGCGCCCCCACCGAAGAAGAGGGAUCUAGAGAGCGAGACGAAAGAGGCGAAGGAGGCGAUCGUGGCGUUGUUGCCUGAUGAGCUGUUGGAGCCUUCCGGGACCACGCCAAAGCAACCAGCGGAGCCGCUGUUGAAGCAGACGGUCGAGUUCGAGGCGAAUUUGGUCGCGGAUUUGGUGGCCCAGAAGAAGUUUGCGGACACGAAGGCGUGGAAUAGGUGUGUUGGGGCGUAUACUGGUCCGUGGUUGGAGAGCAAGGAUGGUACGGCGUUCGCGGAGGAGCUUCGGGAGCACUUCCACGCAAUCGAAAAGGCCAAAUACGCGCCCACGACGACCUACGACCCUUCGGAAGGCGAACUUCUCUGUGACACCGUCUUCUCACUUGCUUACGGCGCUCUCCUCUUACUCUCACACACGAGCUUGACGCUUUUCCGCGGUCGCCGUUACGGUAUCUUGGGUACUAAUGGAUCCGGAAAAUCGACCCUUAUGAGGCAGUUGGCGGCGGGCAAGGUCGAGAACUUCCCUCCCCAGGACCAGCUUCGCUGCUGUAUGGUAGAACACGCCCUUCAGGGAGAGGAUACCUCGCUUUCAGUCCUUGAUUUCGUUGCCUCUGAUAAGCAGCUGCAACAUGUACCGAGAGAGAAGAUCCGCGACCAGCUGCUAGAGGUCGGCUUUGACGAUGCCAGGCAGGCAGAUCUCGUCGGUGGUCUGUCUGGUGGUUGGAAGAUGAAGUUGGAGCUCGGAAGGGCUAUGUUGUACAAUGCCGACCUUUUGCUUCUCGAUGAGCCUACCAAUCACUUGGAUCGUGCUUCGGUCAAGUGGCUCGAACAAUACCUUAUCUCCCACAAAAACAUAACGUGUCUCAUCGUCAGUCACGACUCUGGAUUCCUAGACAAUGUAACAACAGAUAUCAUACACUACGAGACCAAGAAGCUUGUGUAUUACCGCGGGAACCUUUCCCAUUUCGUCGAGGGCCAUCCCGAGGCCAAGUCCUACUAUACCCUCGCCGCUACCUCCGUCAAGUUCGCUUUCCCGCCACCCGGGUCGCUCAUGGGCGUGAGGAGCAACACGAGGGCGAUCUUGAAGAUGACGAAUUGUACAUUCACGUAUCCAGGAAAGACGGUGCCCAAUUUGUUCAAUGUCAGCUGUGCGUUGACGUUGUCGAGUCGUGUAGGAGUCAUCGGGCCUAAUGGAGCCGGGAAGUCGACGCUCAUCAAGUUAUUGACUGGAGAAACGAUACCCCAGGAGGGAACAGUGUAUAAACACCCUGCAUUGCGUAUCGGAUAUGUAUCUCAACACGCUACCCAUCAUAUUGAACGCCAUCUUGAGAAGACGCCUAUUCAGUAUAUCCAGUGGCGUUUCCAGGAUGGCCAUGAUCGUGAAAUUUUGGAGAAGGCCACUCGUGUGAUGACCCCGGAGGAGAAGGAGUUAAUGAACACCGACUUCGUUGGCAAGAACGGAGAACGUCGGCGAUUGGAGAUGAUCAUGGGCCGUCAGAAGCUCAAGAAGUCGCUUCAGUACGAGGUUAAAUGGCAAGGGCUCGACCACAAGUUCAACACGUGGAUUCCUCGUGAGGAGCUCCUGAACAAGGGCUUCGGCAAGUUCGUCGGACAAUUCGAUGAUCUCGAGUCUUCGAGAGAGGGCGCCGGUCAGCGAGACACUGCUGCCCAUGUCGUCAGGAAGCAUCUUGAGGAUAUCGGAUUGGAUGGAGAUAUCGCGCAGUACAAUGAGAUCGCUGGCCUCUCCGGUGGCCAAAAGAUCAAGCUCGUCAUUGCUGCUUGUCUCUGGAACAACCCUCAGAUUUGUGUUCUCGACGAACCCAGCAAUUUCUUGGACAGAGAGGCACUUGGUGGGCUCGCAGUUGCCAUUAGGGAUUGGGCAGGCGCAGUCGUCAUUAUCUCUCACAACGAGGAGUUUGUCACCGCACUCUGUCCCGAGAUCUGGCAAGUCGAGGGUGGUCGCAUGACUCAUAAGGGCAAGACGGCUAUCGUCGAAGACGCAUUCGCGGAUGGCAAGUCUCCCAAGGCAAGCGUUAAGAACACUCCAGCACAAUCCAGAGUGCAAACUCCUAUCGCUUCGGCCGCCGCCAGUCCUGCUGGUAGUGGCGCGGAGAACGGAGGAACAUCUACGCCACCGAUAAAGAAGAAGAAAAAGGUGACGAGGAACCAGCAGAAGGCUCAGGAGGAGAGGAGGAGGUUGAGGAAGUUGGCGUGGUUGACGCAUGGAGGGCCGAAGCCUGAGGACACGGAUUCGGAUUAAGUUGUUAGAGGGUCAGUUCGAGGUGAUUGCUAUCACGAUAGAGGCGUCGGGUGUUCCGCUCGGGUUGAGUGGGUCUAGCGUCAGUAUUGGUAGGGUGUGGGCUGUGUGCCACAUGUUGACCAGAGCUUUGAUUUUGGGUUGAACGCUGUAUUGCGUGCGGUUUGUGCGUGUUCGUCGUAUUUUGAUCCAUCCCGGGCUGUGAGUGUCAUUAUCUUUUGCCUUCGCACCGCUAUCGUAAUUCGUUCGUCGCUAUUACUGGUAUACUCUUGCCCCAGAGAGGACUACUGUAUUUCUUUUUCUCUUUAUCCUCUAUAGAUUUCCUUUCUCGUCACCAUAUGUUAUUUGCGUCCGUUUCUGGGUAUUCUCUCUGAUGUCUCUUCCAUUUUUCCUGUCUGCGGGUGGGUGUGAUGUCACCUUGGCUUAGCUUGUUAUGCGCUUUGCCGUGCCUGUGGAUCUAUGUACAGACCGCCCCA